UUUAGUCUAUGGAUCGUGUCCAUUGUUUUUCUACAAUGUUAUUUUUCUGACUGCUGCUGGUGCACGAAAUAUUUGUCUCGCUGCGUCGAGUGUGACUUUGUGCUAGUGUUCGUGUUCGAUAUAGUGAUUUAUUCGAAAUAGAUCACGAAGAUGUCGUCACCGAGCGCUGGAAAACGCCGUAUGGACACAGAUGUCAUCAAACUCAUUGAGAGUAAGCACGAAGUUACAAUCCUCGGAGGACUUAAUGAGUUCUGUGUGAAAUUCUUUGGACCUCCAGGAACACCGUACGAGGGCGGCGUGUGGCGCGUGCGAGUUCACUUACCUGACCACUAUCCAUUCAAAUCUCCAUCCAUUGGCUUUAUGAACAAAGUGUACCAUCCCAACAUAGACGAGGUAUCGGGUACAGUCUGCCUUGACGUCAUCAAUCAAGCAUGGACGGCGCUAUAUGAUCUGUCGAACAUCUUCGAGUCGUUCCUGCCGCAGCUGUUGACCUACCCCAACCCCAUCGACCCGCUGAAUGGGGACGCGGCCGCCAUGUACCUGCACAAGCCCGAGGAAUACAAGAAGAAAGUCUCUGACUACGUGCGAAGAUUUGCCACCGAGGAGGCGCUUCUAGAAAAGGACGCGAUCACGGGCAUGGGCGGCGCGACCGCUUCGGGUAAAGUAAAUGGCGCGCACACCAGCGACACCGAGAGCUCCAUGAGCGACUUCAGCGACGACGCCGCGCACGACAUGGAGUUAUAACGUCAGCCGCCCACUCCCCGCACGCGUCCGGAACGCCGUACGCGUCCGGCACGUCUCGCGCGUCCGGCACGCCUCGCGCGUCCGGCACGUCACGCGCGCGCUCGCCCCGUGUAGCCGUCGCGCGGUGUUCACCGGCAUACCAAGACAAGGGAGAGAGAUAGGUAAGCUAGUACUCUGUCUUCUCUUUUAGUACAUCUAUUUCAGCUUUUAAAGGAAUUAUGCUGCAAUUUUUAAUUAAUUUCGAUAUUCAAAUUAUGUUGUGUAUUCAUUGUUGUUACAAUUUUCAAUACGCUACCGUUAAAAGACGAAAUAUGGCAAUACUAGACUUAUAGCUUUCUGGUGGGAAUAUCGCGAACAAUUGACAAAUAUAUGCAAAUAUGCAAAAUUAUAGAAAUCAUGAAUAACUCAUCCUUUGUUUCACACAAAAUAGUUUCUUUAACACCUAAAUGUGUGACAUUUCUAAAUGAUAAUGAUGAAAAUGACAUUUCUAAAUGUUGCCAUUAAAACUUAUAAAAAAUACCAAUUAUAUUUUGAAAUUGCUGCAAUAAUAGCGAGUUAAUCACAUUAAAAAGCUAGCUGUACUAAGCUACUAUUUUUCUCUCUUCCCUUACAAGGUGUGCCACCUAUUUACUCUAGUAUCUAGCUAAGAUUUUGAUGAUAUGUGUGAACACUGCCGCGACCGCACACAAAUAAUCCGUUUUGUCCGUGAAAAGCUACGCAAAUUGCAUUUAUCUGGAACUUUUAUGCAUUUCUUAUUGAAACAUAUCAAAAUGGUAAUACAAAUAGCACUAUUUAUAUUCCAAAGUGACUACAAAGUUUUCCUAUUACGUAUUGGUUUUUAUUUUAAAAUAUGAUGUACAUCUAAGUCUUGUUUACUCUAGACUUUGACAAUUUUAAUGCCAUAGACAUCUUGCGUAACUUUUCACGGACCAUAGCGCAUGACGUGUUCGUAAAAGCCAGUACUUAUAUAAUCUGUAUAAACACUUGACGCCAUAUUCUGCCAGUCAGUGAUAAAUCUGAUACAGUUUUACAUAUAAAUGGACCAUGAAAUGCCAAUUUUAGGGAAUUAGUUUAGCAUCGAAAUCAAUGCUCAUAUGAAAUUAGAAUCGUCGAUGCGAACACGAAGUACGGAAAUUUUCGAUCAUUUACUUUUUGAAAUUUAUUUCAAACAGGAAGAAUUGGUUGGUUUAAAAAGUUAUGAAUUGUCUAUGGCUUGUCUUCGGUCGCAUAGUGUAACUUACGCUUAAGAUUAGCAAUAUGUUAGGAGUGUUCACGGUUUGACGUAAUUUUAAAAAAAUAUGGCUGAUUAUUCGAUGGAUUUUGGCUUAAUCACUAAAUUUAAGUAUAAUACAGGUUGUCAAAAUUAACAAUUUUUAAUGUACAAGUACUUUCGUAUUUAUAAGGGAAAUCAUAUUAAUUACCUCAAAGUUUUUCGAAUCAUGCUUCUAUAUUGAAUUGAUGAAACAAAGUUACCUUUAAAAAUUGUGUGCUAGAUUAUAAUGAUCGAACCCUGUGUUUGUCAACAUUGUGGAGCAUAUAUAUAUAUAUAUAUAUAUGUAUAUAUACAGGUUAAAAUUAUAUAAUACUGGCGAGACAAGUUACAGGAGUGAGCGAGAUAGCAUUUUGUAAAUAUCUUCAGUCUGUCCCCAUAGCAUAAAUCCAACUUAAUCUAUCGAUCGUCCCUCGAAGCGGACUACAGUCAUCACUAUAUCUCAUAGGUAAUUAAUUUUUUUAUAGUAGAGAUAAUUUUUAAACGAAUGAUGUCAUGAUUCUUCUGUGUUUUGUCCAAUCUCCCUCUGACAAACUUUUGGUAGAAUUAUUUUAGUUGAUGGCAACACUCAAAUUUAUUUUUGGUCUGUCGCACCGAGGUCAUUAAAAUGGAUAAUACAAAUGUUUAUGGUUAUGAAAUGUUCGUUGUUACUUCAAGCGAUUACUGUUUCAAAAAACGUCGAUUAUUAAAGAGGUUGAGAAAUUGUAAUGCUAUCAUUUUGUACUUAGUGUAGUUGACCCUUUGCUUAUGAAUGUUUUCUUUUUUAAUUUCUCAGCACAAUCAAUUUUUAUCAUUAUUUUUAUAUUAAUCGCAUGAAUUUCUAUUAAAAAAACAAAUUAGUUAUAUUGAUUUAAAGCUAGUUGCGGUCAUUACUAAAUGUCGCCAGUAUCCAUCUUCUUUCCCCUUGAAGAUCCGACUACUGGCUAAACUCGAGGCUACCUCUUAACGGCUAACGCGCAAACAUUGCAAUACACGACUACACAGUAACGUUUUCCCGCGCAAUGUUCGCUGACAACCAAAUAAACUAGCAUUUUUCUACAGUGAUGACGGCAAUCACGCUGAGUACUGCCAGAUUUUACCUUUGGCCAGUUUUGGCAUGUUCUUUUUGGCAAAUCACAUAAAAAAAAACAAUGUACAUGAUUCAUUUUUUUAAAAGCUACCAAAAAUUAUAGUGUAUUUCCUACCAAUUAUCAAAAUUUCUCAACUAGUAAAAGAUAAAUCAAUUUUUACCAAAAUGUCUUAAAGAACAUCUCAAAAUAAAAGAAAUAGAUCUCUAACAAUGACAUGUUGCGAACCUAAAAGUGUUGCAAUCGUCUUUAUAUUAAGUCUAGGUUACGUAUAGAUAUAAUAUGAAAAAAAAAUUAAUAUUAUAAAAAACAUAUAUAAUGUAUCUUCAAAAUGAUAACUCAAGCCAUAAUAAUAUAUUUUGGUAUUAGAAGGUAACAAGUUAAAUUCUUAGUUUGUAAUUCGGAAAGUUGGGUUGACAGGUAAUUUAUUUUGUAGUUAAUUUUUUUUUUUGGUAGUUUUCAUGAACUUACACAUGUCCACCCAGCUUUUUUAUCUAAUUGCACAGAGAUGUUAGUUUUUAAAAUCGAUAUGUUAUCGAAUUGUUACGUGCAUUAAAAUAAUUCGCAUAAAUGGUUUUAAAAUCUGUUAGAGAAAUUACUUGUAGACAUUAUUGAGAUAUAAAAAUUGAUUCAAGAUUGAAGCAUUACUAUAAUGUUAAAAAUAGAUCAUGAGACAAUAAAUUUUAUUUUAUUCUGAUUUAAAAAUUAAUAAAUAUUGUAGUUCAUAUAAGUUUGUAAUUUGAUUGCUUUUAUUUUCAUUGACGAAAUCUGGCAACAUUUGUAACAACCUCACUAUUGUCUAUGGUUUUAAUACUGAGAGUUAACUAAACCAUUGUGUCGUGCAACGCCGAUAUUGUGGCAUCCAUUAUCUAAUAUGCAUGUAACAGAAUAAAGGUUUAUAGAUUAUUUUUUAUUUCAUUACAUGUAAUAAACUUACGUUAUUUUAAACUAAA